AUGGCUUCGUUCUACGAGAAAACCGCCAGGCACGAUGAGGUGUUUGGCCUGAUUGACGAGCUCUCUAGCAAGCAUACUGAACGCUUAAAUCGGCUCGAUUCAAUGCCAGCAAAGGCCAAGGAGGUCAUCUGGUACCCGUUCACCCAACACAACGGAAUGACACCAAAGGACAUAAGCGUCAUUGAUUCUGCAUAUGGUGAUUGCUUCCAAACCCUAGCUCGUCCGGAGAGCAGCAAUUGUGAACAUGUACUGCGACCAACGUUUGACGGAUCCGCGUCAUGGUGGACCCAGGGCCUGGGGCAUGGUAACCCGGAAUUGGCUCUUACUUCUGCCUAUGCGGCGGGUAGAUAUGGGCAUGUCAUGUUUGCAGGAACCAUCCACGAACCAGCUCUCUCCCUGUCUGAACAAUUGCUGAAAACCUCGGGUAACCCUCGUCUACAGAAAGUCUUCUUCACGGACAACGGUAGCACGGGUAUGGAAGUUGCUCUUAAAAUGGGGUUACGAGUGUCUUGCACUAGAUACGGCUGGGACGCAAGCAAGGAAGACAUUGGAAUAGUCGGUCUGAAGGGUAGUUACCACGGUGAUACCAUCGGAGUGAUGGACUGUUCAGAGCCUUCCACAUAUAAUAAAAAGGUGGAAUGGUAUAGGGGCCGUGGCUAUUGGUUUGAUUUCCCAAUGGUACAGAUGACAGACGGUGUUUGGAAAGUUUCUGUUCCACAAGGGCUGAAGAAAGAGCUUGGAGACGAUGUAUCAUUUCGAAACAUCUCUUCUGUAUUUGAUUUGAACGCUCGCAAGGAGUCCAGCAUUGCCGGACGAUAUAGAAAUUAUAUCAAAAAGACACUAGAGAACGUUGUUCAAAGCGGUCAGAAACUCGGUGCACUCAUCAUCGAACCUAUCAUUCUCGGCGCAGGAGGGAUGUUGUUCUGCGACCCCUUAUUUCAACAAUCACUUGUCCAAGUAGUACGAGAAAAUCCUCAGAUAUUCAGCCGGUGUCACCAGCAGCCUCCUGCCUCACCCGACUCAUGGUCCGGCUUGCCCGUUAUCUUUGAUGAAGUCUUCACUGGCUUGUACCGUCUUGGCCGCCGGACCGCUGCAUCAUUUUUGGACGUUGAUCCAGACGUUUCGGUGCAUGCAAAGCUACUAACUGGCGGCUUGAUGCCCCUCUGCACAACUCUAGCCAGCAAUGAAAUCUUCGAGACCUUUGAUAGCCCACACAAGUCUGAUGCACUGCUACAUGGCCACAGUUACACAGCUAACCCUGUUGGUUGCUCGGUUGCAAUGAAAUCUCUUCGGAAAAUGGAGAACAUGGAGAAUACCGGAUAUUGGGAUGAAUUUGUGCAAGAUUGGAAGCGAACUAUUACAACACCAGCCGGCAACAAUGCAAGGACCCUCACCCGGCCCCAGGUAUGGAGCUGUUGGCCACAGGCCCUUGUCUCAGAUUUAUCUUAUGCAGAUGGCGUUGAGAGCGUAUUUGCAAUUGGAUCUGUCUUGAGUAUUACACUCCGAGAUCAGCAUGGCGGAGGAUACACAUCCAAUGCCGCAAGUGGUCUGCAAAAGAAAUUGACGGCUGGUGAAGAGUCAUUUAGCAUCCAUUCCCGAGUUCUGGGAAAUGUACUCUACCUUAUGGCCAGCGUCACCUCAACGCGAGAGGUGCUGUCAAAGGUAGAGACUUUGUUGCGGAAAUCUCUGGUCGAAGAGAAUAGAGAAUGCGGCGUUCAGGAGGAGGUUACUGUUCGAUAUGCGACCCUAAGAUGUUGA